AUGGUGAGGAGCAAUAACACUGCCGGCAGUGGUAAAUCCACUAGGCUAAGAAAAACUCAAGUAAAGAAUUAUGACGAGCAGCAACUCCUCAAUAAUGAUGAAGAUUAUUAUUUUUAUGGAGAUGAAACUGCUGAAAAUGGAAAUAUAGAAGAAGAAAAUAUAACCUUGGAUAAUUUUAACUCUGGUACCCGCACUAGCACCAAGAAUAAAAAAAAAAAUAGAACUGCUAAUUCGGGUCACAAUGCUAAGUCAGGGACUCGUAUUAGCUCCACUUCUGCUUAUAUGAAUAGCGGAAGAAGAACCAUACAAAAAAAUUUCAAAUCGGAAAUACCUUCACGAGUAUCUACCAGGCUAACAAAUAGACAGAGGACAAAUUUUGCAGAAUCUGAUGAAGACAAUGAUGAUGCGGGAGAGAAUAGCGAUUAUGACGAUGAAAUAGUUUCUAAACCAAACAGAACUUCCCAUAGACGUUUGGUAGCUACUUUAAGCAAUGAAGCUGAGGAACUAAAACUAGAAGAUAUGGGAAUGAAUAAAGAAGUACUCAGCAAGAAAAAUUCUUUAAGAAGUAAAAUAGUAAUACCAGAUGAAGAAGAGGGGGAAGAAGAAGAAGAAGAUGAUGAUGAUGCUAUGAUGGUAGCUAACGAUGACGAUGAUGUUAAUGGUGAUGCCGAUGAAGAGGAAGAAGAAGAAGAGAACGAGGAGGAGAAUGAGGAAGAAGAAGAAGAAGAAAAUGAAGAAGAAGAAGAAGAAGAAGAAGAAGAGAAUGAGGAAGAAGAGAAUGAGGAAGAAGGGAAUGAGGAAGAAGAAAAUGAGGAAGAAGGAAAUGAAGAAGAAAAUGAAGAAGAAAACGAGGAAAACGCAAAUGAAGAUAAAGAUGAUGAAGAUACUGUUAACAAUAGAAAUUCUAACAGAUUAACAGAAGAAGAAAUACAAUUAAGAAGAGCAGAGAACGCUCGUAAACGUAAAACUAUCAAUGAAAGAAAAUUAGAAGAAGAAAAAAGGGAUACUAUAAACAAAUUGUUAAAAAGAAGAGCAAACAAAAGUAGAUCUAGGCAGUCUGGCAAUCAUAAUGAUUCUGAUAACGAUGGUGAAAAUAACGAUAAUGACUAUAAUAAUGGUAUGAACGGAAGAAUUCAUAAACCGAGAAGAAUAUAUGAUAAUAAGGGCAUGCGUCGUAUUUUUUAUAAACCAAAUGGUGAUAUAUUGUAUGCCUUGAAUCACAAUGCUUCAGGAACUGAAGCCAGUAAUGACACUGUUGGGUAA